AGACUAAGAAACGGGAAGAUGGCAGAUGACGCAGCAGCAGCAGCGAAGAAUAAGGCAGAAUAUGCUGAGCAGGCACGUCUGCUGGCGGUUGAACAACAGCGCCAGCAUGACUAGGCAGCAGCAAGGGUUGCCGAUGAAGAAAGAGCACAGCGUCGUGAGAAGAUAUUCACCAGAGAGCGGGCGUUACUUACCAUGGCAGCAGAAUGGCGAACCGAGGCCGAGAAUAGCCAGUUGGAGGAUAGCGCAAACAAGAUAGCGCUCCUCCUCUCGCAUCUCACGGAUCUCCUGGCAACCUGCAUUACACACCAGGCAGAGAUCCUUGGUCUCGACAGAUCGCUGGCUCACCUCCAAGACCGUUUUCAACGGUUGGAGCAGCGACCGGUCGCCGCCGCCGACGCAGGCUCUUCCAAUACUCCCGACCGCCUCAAUGCAUUGGAGAUGCACGUCGGCUCACUCCAGGAUGGCGCACAAUUAAAGCUCACCGCGACGCAACAGUUGCAGCAGCGGGUCUGUACCACCGCCACUACCUCGAGUACGGAGCCGCGCGAGACAAGUCCAAAGUUUGACGGGCAGGAGAUCCUCUGCGACUCCAUGAAGACAGAUCUGAUUCCCUGGUUUCGCAAGUUCGAGCUCACGCUGCGGCUGUCCAACGUCAAGGAACACAAGCAUCACGCCUACUUGUACUCUCGCUCAGGGGGCGCGUGCCAGGCUUGGUUGGGCAACCUCUUGUCCAAGAACGGAGUAGUAGCGGUCGACUUGCACACCAAGAUCAGUUGGGAUGAUCUGAAGGCGGCGUGGCACAAGCGGUUCCAGGUGGAGCCGCCAGAGAUCAAAGUCAUGGACAAACUCAUGGUCUUCGAGCAAGGCACGCUGCUGAGUAUGGACUGGAUCGUCGCGUACCAACGCUUGACGUCAGUCCCAGACAUCCAGAUGGGCUUCAAGGCCAUCCGCCAUUACUUUAUCUCAAGGUCAUGUCCGGCAUUAAGCAAUGCCCAGACUCAUGUCGAGGACACCUUGACGACGACGGCGGAAUUGUUCGACAAGGCUGCGCAGAUCAUUAUCACGAACAAGGAGGCCAAGAACCUCCGUUCAUCUGCGUCAGGCCCGAUCAGGGACCAGCAUCGGCCAAGAGUGGCCGUGGUCACAGCGGCAGCACCGUUAGACCAAACCAGCGAGGCUGUGUCUGCCAGUGAAGGGGACAGAUUCGCAGCCGCCCGGGAAGACGCAAGGUUGCCCAUUGAAAGGCAAGGGCAGACAGGGAAAUUGAGCACCGCCGAGAGUGACGCGACGACACUCUCGACGCCUUCGGAACUGGUUUCUUCGCGAGUAACCAGCCUUCAUUCCGAGGCGCACGCGGAAGUCAACAGUCCUCCACUUCUACUUUCUUUUGAGGACUAUGUUGCCCGACUCGUUCCAACGUUGGGUACUCAAGCUCAAGGACAAGGAGUGUGUGCGGUUUCUUCUCCGUCCGGCAACAGCGACAUAUCGUCUUCAAGUGGUUCGUCACGGGAUUCGGCGCGCGAGUUCAAUAUAGAGGCAUUGGACCCGCUCACGUCUGAGGACUUUGCAUGGCUUCCUCUCUCGACCACAGGCUGUUUGCCGGGACCGCAAUGCGCAGCACUUAGCCCUCAUCUCCACACUUACCUUUCCUUCUAUGCACCACCAACUUCGCCGACGGAUGACGAAGGCGCGGUGGGGUACAUCCUGGCAUAUACUACCAAGGUGGCCCGCGAGUUUCGCACGCAGCGGUACGAUGACAACAACGCACCGCUCAUGUAUGUCCGCAUUCAGGUUGGGCAAGCGUCCUGCAGCGCUUUGCUGGAUAGCGGCGCGUCUUGCAACUUCAUGAGCCAGCCUUUUAUGCAAAGGGCUGGCCUUGGCGCACAAGUUCGGAGGAAGGCAAACCCGGCGGCGAUCAAGUUGGCGGAUGGAAAGACGCAACAACUUCUCGACCGUUACAUCGAGGCCGUACCGGUCUACUUCGCACCUCAUGCAUGCAAACCGGUGACAUUCGAUAUUCUCGACACGCACUUCGACAUCAUUCUGGGAAUGCCUUGGCUUGCAAGUGCGGAUCACACGGUCAACUUCCAUCGGCGGACUCUUAGCGUUCGUGAUGCCUUCGGCGCGGAAGUGGCGUGUACUAUUCCUCUACCGCACUCUUCGAUCCGGUGCCAAGUGGUGACGGCCAAAUCAUUCCGGGCAACUUGCACUUACGAGCAGCCCGAGGAGAUCGGCCUAUGCUUACUAUGGACCGUCGCGGUAGCUGACUCUUCACCCACGGACUUGUCUUCGGACCCCCGUGUGGUAUGGUUGCUGGACGAGUUCGCCGACAUCUUUGAGUCACCUACCGGUGUGGUACCGGGUUGGCCGAUCUCUCAUGAGAUCAUUCUUGAGGCCGGUGCCGUGCCGCCGAAAGGUUGCAUCUAUCGGAUGAGCGAGGAGGAGCUUGAGGUCCUCCGCUCACAACUCGAUGAUUUGUUGGCCAAGGGCUGGAUUCGCCCGAGUAGCUCCCCAUAUGGAGCGCCUCUUCCUCGCAUCGACGAUCUUCUUGACCGACUGGGCGGCGUGAAGUAUUUUUCCAGGUUGGAUUUGAAAUCGGGAUAUCAUCAAAUCUCGAUCCAGCCGAACGAUCGCUACAAGACCGUGUUCAAUACGCGGUACGGGCAUUUUGAGCGGGUGGUCAUGCCUUUUGGCAUCACCAACACCCCGGUGAUGUUCCAGGCGGCGAUGACCAAUGAGUUCCGUGCAAUGUUGGACCGGUUCGUGAUGGUCUACUUAGACGAUAUUCUCGUCUAUAGUCGAACAUUGGAGGAUCAUCUUGGACAUCUUCGACGAGUGUUGGGGACGCUCCGCCGUGCCAAGUACAAGGCCAACCGCGACAAGUGCGAAUUUGUCCGGCAAGAGCUGGAAUACUUGGGCCAUUUUGUUACACCGGAGGGAAUCAGUCCGCUAUCGAACAAGAUUCAGGCCGUCCAAGAGUGGUCGGAGCAUCGGAACGUCACGGAUGUCCGCUCGUUCCUCGGUCUUACCGGCUACUAUCAGCGCUUUAUCAAAGGCUACUCAAAGAUCGCGGCCCACUUGAACAAGCUUCAGUGCGAGGAUCGGUUGUUUGACUUCAGAGAGGAGGCGCGAGGAUCAUUCUUCGCUCUCAAAGCCGCGCUAUUGUCUGCGGAGUUCUUGCGAAUCUACGACUCGCUCGCGCCUACGCGUGUCACUGUGGAUGCGUCAGGCUAUGGCAUUGGUGCAGUCCUCGAGCAACAUGAUGGUGUGGACUGGUACCCAGUCGAGUACUUCAGCAAGAAAGUGCCCCUCGUGCAUUCCAUCGAUGAUGCAUGCAAGAAGGAGCUCCUCGCCUUCGUCCACGCGCUCAAGCGGUGGCGGCACUUCCUCCUUGGUCGAAGCCAAUUUCGCUGGGGCACCAUCACUCGAUGGAUGGCUUUCAUCGACCAAUUCGACUUCUUCCCCGAUCACAUUCCCGGGAAGUCAAACCGUUUUGUGGAUGCUCUUUUACGGCGUCCGGAUCACUGUACCACAGUCUACUCAACCUUGGAGAUCGACGACGACCUGCGGAACAGCUUCAUCCGCGGCUACCAAGCCGACCCCGAUUUUCGCGACAAGUACGCGAAUUGCUCCUCUCCUAAUACGGCUCCUUCUCACUACCAGAUCCAAGAGGGGUACUUGCUUGUCCACACGUGGGGGAAGGACUUUUUUUGCGUACCAAGUGAUCCUCACUUGCGUACCCGGCUUCUUGGCGAGUUUCACGAUGCUCCCGCCACUGGACAUUUUGAAGUCAAUUGCACGAUUGGCCGACUUCGCCAGCGAUUUUGGUGGCCCGACCUUCUCGGCGACGUCACACGCUAUCGCGAGUCAUGCGAGGUUUGCCGACGCUGCAAAUCCCACAACCAUCGUCAGUACGGCGAGUUACGACCAUUGUCAGUCCUGUUGCGGCGAAGGGAAGCGAUUGCCAUGGACAUUACCGGCCCGUUCCCCAAGCACAAGACCGGAGUGGAUGGGAUUCUCACAGUGGUCGACCGACUCAGCAAGUUCGCCAUGUUUUUGCCUUGUCACUAUCAUGCCAAGGCACCGGAGUUGGCCGAGGUUCUUUACGCCGGUUGGGUUUGCACCAAGGGUUACCCGAAGGAGAUCGUCUGCGACCGCGACACUCGGUUCAUGUCCGAUUUUUGGUUGGCACUCAUCAAGCGAUGGGGCUCAUCUCUCAAGCCCUGUUCAGCUCGCCACCCUCAGACCGAUGGCCAGACGAAGAUGGUGCAUCAGACCGCACAGGUUCUCCUUCGCACUCUCAUCCGCCCCGACCAGAAAGACUGGGUUGAGCGACUGUCGGAUGUUGAGUUGGCCUACAACUCUUCCAUCCACCCGGCUAUUGGGAUAUCGCCCUUCGAGUUCGAGCAUGGCUCGCCGGUCAUAUCACCGUUGGACACUAUUACUCCACGCACGGCCGAGAGCAACGACCAUCUUUUUUUCUUGCGUCGGAUGCAAGAGCUUCUUGUCAAGGCAUGCGACCAGAUGGCAAAGACGCAGCAGCGCAUGAGCCAGUAGGCCAAUCGCCAGCGUCUUCCUUGUCCAUUCCACGUCGGGGACCUCGUCUGGGUUUCCGCAACGGAAUUCAUCCUUGAAC